AUGGAAUGGCGGAAAGUGUUGCUGGCUGCUGGUACUGCCGCGUGUGCAACUGCCGUUAUUUGGUAUUUGCGGAAGGUUGGGUCCAAAACCUUGGCUGCAGAUGAUGUCUUUGGGGAGGAAGACAAGCAGAAGAGACAUGACAGCGACGACACUGAGGGCACGGCCAAAGAGCAGCUCAAGCAGAUUUUGAAAGAGAUGAUCAAGUGUCAGGAGCAAAUGAAGAGUUUCAUCAAGGAGCUGACACAGGAGCUUGGCACGACAGCGUUAAGCUUCCAUGAAACCUGUCAGCGAGUGAAGCAAGUGCAGCCAGCAGACCCCUUGGAGAGUCGUGGUUUGAAAGUCAUGGACUUCGACAAACUUUUGUUGAAGCACCAGCAUGACAGUGAUGUGCGUGAUGCCAUUGCCAAAAUCAUGGGUGCGCCCAAUCCGACAAACGCUGUGUCCGACAAGAUCCAGUCCAUCAGCGUGAAAGACAUUAUUGAUAUCCACACAUUCAUGCUCCAGGAGCUGCAGCAGCUCAUUAAGGAGUACACCGGAUCCGACAGCAAGGAGGCCUUCGACACCAAAACGGUGACAAUUGCCGCGCAGGCGAUUAUCGGCUCCAAGUUUGAAACCCAGUUCGGCUUGACGUCAGAGGACGUUGAAAGCGCGGUGCUAAUGUACCAUGCGAACUUGGCAACCGACCAGAACUUCGCCCAGAUCAACAUCAAGAUCUCUCAUGCAAUGAGUCAGCUCCUGGGCACCCCGUUCACGCCGAGUUAA